AUGGGUGGCUGUGUGAGCUCCGAGACCAAUGCGGAUCUCGAACAGAAAAAGCGAAGCCAGGCAAUCGACAGAAAGCUAGAGGAAGACUCCCGGCGACUAAGGCGAGAAUGCAAGAUCUUGCUGCUGGGCUCCGGUGAAAGCGGAAAAUCAACCAUCGUGAAGCAAAUGAAAAUUAUCCAUCAAAAUGGAUACAGUGUGGAAGAGCUCGCUUUAUACCGCUUGACCGUGUAUAAGAAUCUUCUCGAUUGCGCCAAGGCCUUGAUCCAAGCAUACCAUCACUUCGAAGUAGAGCCGACCAGCCAAAGAGUACGAGAUUUCCUCACAUUUAUCACAGAAUACAACAUAGACCCGGAUCCGAAUAUCCCCCUAGACCCGAAGGUCGGAGAUGCAGUGACAUAUAUUUGGAACGACCCAUGCACAGCAAGCGUUUUAGAACACCAGAGUGAAUUUUAUCUCAUGGAUUCUGCUCCAUAUUUCUUUGAACAUGCGAAGCGAAUAGCAGCCCCGGAUUACAUUCCCAACGAAGCAGACGUGCUCCGUGCUCGAACAAAAACGACUGGUAUCUAUGAAACUCGAUUUACCAUGGGCCAGCUCAGUAUACAUAUGUUUGAUGUUGGCGGCCAACGCAGCGAACGGAAAAAGUGGAUUCAUUGCUUUGAAAAUGUCACAUCCAUCAUCUUCUGUGUCGCUUUAAGUGAAUACGACCAAGUUCUGUUGGAAGAAAGCAACCAGAACCGUAUGAUGGAAAGUUUGGUGCUUUUCGACUCGGUCGUCAAUUCUCGAUGGUUUAUGCGCACGAGUAUUAUCCUCUUCCUCAACAAGGUCGAUCUGUUCCGUCAAAAGCUCGGCCGAUCGCCAUUGAGCAAUUAUUUCCCCGACUACUCUGGAGGCAAUGACGUUAACCGAGCCGCGAAAUAUCUUCUCUGGAGGUUCAACCAGGUCAACCGUGCUCAUCUCAACCUAUAUCCUCAUCUGACCCAAGCCACCGAUACCACCAAUAUUCGCCUCGUUUUCGCCGCCGUCAAAGAGACCAUUUUGCAAAAUGCUUUGAAAGAUUCAGGAAUUCUUUAA